AAACUCUCACAUAAACAAAUAAAAGUAGUACCCAAAUUCAUCGGCUUCCAAUUUUCACUUUUCAUCUUUCAUUAAUCAAAAUCCAGGAAAAAAAUUAACGAAAAUGAUUGUGGACUCUUCUUCUCCAGCUCCCGCUAAGAAUAGCUUACUACUCAGUUCGGGAGCCGAUUUGCAGAGAACUCAGACACCUUAUGUGACUGGGACGUCUGUGAUUGCGAUUAAGUAUAAGGAUGGCAUUCUUAUUGCUGCUGAUAUGGGAGGCUCUUAUGGAUCAACCCUUCGUUACAAAAAUGUGGAGCGAAUAAAGCCAGUAGGAAAACAUUCUCUUAUCGGGGCAAGUGGAGAAAUCAGUGAUUUCCAGGAGAUUUUGCGUUAUCUUGAUGAGCUAAUACUAAAUGAUAGCAUGUGGGAUGAUGGAAAUUCCUUGGGCCCUAAAGAGGUUCAUAAUUAUUUAACCCGAGUGAUGUACAAUCGUCGCAAUAAGUUUAAUCCUCUGUGGAAUUCUCUUAUUCUUGGAGGAGUGAAAAAUGGACAGAAGUACCUUGGAACGGUUAAUAUGAUUGGUGUACAUUAUGAGGAUAAUCAUGUUGCAACUGGUUUUGGUAAUCACCUUGCACGACCCAUUCUCAGGGAGGAAUGGAAUGAAAACUUGACCUUUGAAGAAGGUGUCAAGCUAUUGGAGAAGUGCAUGCGCGUCCUCCUUUAUCGUGAUAGAUCAGCUGUGAACAAACUCCAGAUUGCAAAAAUCACAGAUGAAGGUUUCACAAUUUCUCAGCCGUAUUCAUUGAAGACUCAGUGGAAGUUUAAAGCUUUCGAGAAUCCAACAGUCGGUGCUGAGGGCUCAUGGUAGUCAGCUCUCUUGGUAUGCAAAGGAAAUCAGUGUGUUUGGAAAUAUGCACUUGAAACACGACCUUUUAAUGCCAUUUUAUGCAGUAGACUUGUGGGUUACAGCUCCCAAACACUAUUGUUCUUCUAGCGGACUUAUUUGCUUGUGUUUGUCACAUGAUUUAGAGACAUUGAUAAUGCUCUAGACGGUGAUGAAUUUGGAUUGAGUUUGUACUUCAGUUUGUGAAAUCUUGGUUCAAUGAAAAUUCAUGACUGGGAAUGGAACCAAUCCUUAUGCCUCUGCCAAGUCAUGACAAACUUGUCACAA